GCGGCAGUGGCGGCGGCGGCGCGCCUGGAGGUGGGAGGGGACGCACCGGCGGGCGCGCGGGCGGGGGCGCUGGGAGGCGGCGGGGGCUCCCGCCGGAGAUUCCUGGGAUUGUCUCGGGGCGCGAAAGCGGCCGCGCGCUGCGAGCGAGCACGGGAGCCAACGAGCGCAGAGCCGGCGGCGGGCGAAGCGGUGCUGCCGGGCGCAGCGGGCUCGGAGCCGGGGUCUCCGCGGCUCGGGACCGGUUGGUGGGGGCGGCGAUGUUCCACUGUAUGCCCCUGUGGCGGUGCAACCGUCAUGUGGAGACCAUCGACAGGCGCCACUGCUCGCUCGUCUACGUCCCGGAGGAGAUCUACCGCUACGCCCGCAGCCUGGAGGAGCUGCUGCUGGACGCCAACCAGCUCCGCGAGUUGCCGGAGCAAUUUUUCCAACUAGUCAAAUUACGAAAGCUUGGACUUAGUGAUAAUGAAAUUCAACGGUUGCCUCCAGAAAUAGCAAACUUCAUGCAGCUGGUAGAACUUGAUGUGUCCCGAAAUGAUAUCCCUGAAAUUCCAGAAAGCAUCUCAUUCUGUAAAGCACUACAGAUAGCCGACUUCAGUGGAAACCCACUGACCAGGCUACCAGAAAGCUUUCCUGAGUUACAGAAUCUGACAUGUCUUUCUGUAAAUGACAUCUCAUUGCAGUCCCUGCCUGAAAACAUUGGCAAUCUUUAUAACCUGGCUUCACUGGAACUGCGAGAGAAUCUUCUUACAUAUCUUCCUGAUUCUCUUGCUCAGUUACGGAGACUAGAAGAACUUGAUUUAGGAAACAAUGAAAUAUUUCACUUGCCAGAAUCAAUUGGAGCUCUCUUACAUCUAAAAGAUCUCUGGCUAGAUGGAAAUCAGCUGCCAGAAUUACCUCAGGAAAUAGGAAAUCUGAAGAACCUGCUUUGCUUAGAUGUUUCUGAAAACAGGUUGGAGAAACUUCCUGAAGAAAUCAGUGGCUUGACUUCAUUAACGGAUUUAGUCAUUUCCCAAAAUGAAUUAGAAUCGAUUCCAGAUGGCAUUGGAAAAUUGAAGAAAUUAUCCAUCUUGAAGGUAGAUCAGAACAAACUCACACAGUUGCCUGAAGCUAUUGGGGAUUGUGAAAGCCUCACUGAAUUAGUUCUUACAGAAAACCGGCUCAUGACCUUACCUAAGAGCAUUGGGAAGCUUAAGAAGUUGAGCAACUUGAAUGCAGACAGAAAUAAAUUAGUUUCAUUACCAAAAGAGAUUGGCGGGUGCUGCAGCCUUACUGUUUUCUGUGUACGUGACAAUAGACUAACUCGGAUACCUGCGGAAGUGUCACAGGCAACUGAACUUCACGUCCUGGAUGUGGCCGGAAACAGGUUGUUGCAUCUGCCUUUAUCCCUGACUGCCUUGAAGUUAAAGGCUCUCUGGUUGUCUGACAACCAGUCCCAACCUCUGCUCACGUUCCAGACAGACACAGACCAUUCCACUGGAGAGAAGAUCUUGACCUGCGUCUUACUUCCCCAGCUGCCUUGUGAACCUACUUGCCAAGAGAAUCUGCCUCGCUGUGGUGCGCUGGAGAACUUGGUGAACGACGUCUCCGAUGAGGCCUGGAAUGAGCGUGCAGUAAACAGAGUCAGUGCAAUCCGGUUUUUGGAAGAUGAGAAAGACGAAGAAGAUAAUGAAACGAGAACACUUCUGAGGCGAGCCACUCCACACCCAGGGGAAUUAAAGAACAUGAAAAAGACAGUGGAGAAUUUACGGAAUGACAUGAAUGCUGCUAAAGGACUGGAUACCAAUAAAAACGAGGUCAAUCAUGCCAUUGACCGAGUGACCACUUCUGUGUAGAAUUGCACCUCCAAGUUUUACCUCCUGUGUCUUCCCCUGCUGUUGAGGAGCCUUGGGAAGUCCUUCGUCUUCACCAGAACCUGCACAUCAUCUCCCCAUGUAGCGUGUGGGAUGUUGCUCUCUCCAAGGAAGUGCCUUACUCUUUGCCAUCAACAUCACCCAGUCCUGUCAUGAUACCAGUGCUCACUCAGUGUCACUGUUGUGUGUGUGUGUGUGUGUAUGUGUGUGUGUGUGUGUGUGUGUGUGUGUGUGUGCGCUUCCUGAUUUCAGUUGUUUGUAAAAAGUAGAAUACACUACUGUAAACAUCUGACCUUUGUUUUUGUCUUAUGUUGGGGUGAGGGAGAAGCAACCAGGGGAAUUUUCGUCCUCCAUCCUCCCAUAAAGUGCUGGGACAUUUUGAACCCAAAUCUCUUUGGCUUACUGAGGAGAGAGGUAGUUUUAUGUAUUGGGAAACAUUGAUACUUUUUUUAAAAAUCCUUUUUGGCAGCUCAGAUGGUGUAAAUUUAAAAACUGUAUGUAGAUAUUGCAUAACAAAAUUAUGUAUUUCCCUCUUUCAUGUUACCUUAACUUGAAAACGGUACAUAUUUUAGUAUUUGUGCAGAAAAAAAAAAGUGUUCUAAAGUCUUUGUUUUAUUUGUACCAUCCACUUGUGCCUUACUGUAUCCUGUGUCAUGUCAGACCAAUUGUGUACAAUAGCAUCCUUGAGCAGUGAGAUGAGACUAGGAAUGUGGUACUUUUAAAGCAGUGUUAGAUUUUAAUUAGUAAUCUACCUGUUGGAUUUUUUUAACCAAAAAAGAUAAGUUAAUACUUAUUUGUAAAUUAUAUUGGUUAUUUUUUAAGAUGAACCAAAGGAUUAGACUGCUAAUAUUUCUUGUACUUUAACUCUUUAUGAAUGAAUUUCUUAUAAUGAAUGUGGUGUCUGAUUGUACCUACUGAGGAAGUAUGUGCCAUUUGUAACACAGAGUAGAGAAAAAAAAAAGCACAAAAGAGAUAAAUUCAGUGGAUAAAUUAUGUAUUGCAAAAGAAGUAUGAUUUUUAUUGAAGAAAGCUUUAAACGUUUUAUAUCAAGGUAUAAAAACCACAAGUUAAAAAACCACAAUAAAGCUGUAAAAUAACCUGCAACCACAUUAGAAAUGUCGGUAUCUUCAUAAGUGCAAUUUAAUUUGUAAAUAGUGUUUGAAUCAAAGUGUAACUAUUCAAGUUUUAAUUUUGAAUCUGCUUAUUUAAGGGGGAUUGGGUGCAUCUCUUGCUGCAUUUCUGUUGAUUCCCCUACUCCCCCCCCCCCACACCUUUGGUAUAAUGUUAUAAGAAAAAUGAAAAGUGACAGUCACUAUGUGGUGUCUAGAAAAAUCAUGUUGUUUCUGGUUGUUUUUGUGUUUAUAACUCCUGUGAAAUAAAGUCACCCUGGAUAUUAGUCAUACA